UCUUGGUAGUGAGGUCACGUUGGUCCCGGGCGAGGUUCAGUCCGAGUCAUUAUGCGGGGUGGUGGGGCAAGAGGGCGGUGGCGGAGGCCGAAGCGCAGAGGUCUUUGUUUCCUUAAAUCUCUUGCUCGGCCUGAAGUUUCGUCUCUGGGCAAGUAACUUCUCAGAUCUGGGGAUGACGAGCGGGACUCGCUGCUCUUGAGUGGUCUGGGAAAGACCCUCUGGGGAUGGUCCCUGGAAUUUCUUCACAUGGCUCCUGAAAAAGUGACCAUCACAGUGCGUCUCAUUCGUUCCUUUGAGCAUCGCAAUUUCAAACCUGUAGUGUAUCAUGGAGUGAACUUGGAUCAGACUGUAAAGGAGUUUAUAGCAUUUUUAAAGCAAGAUGUCUCUUUAAGGACCAACCUGCCACCACCAUUCAGAAAUUAUAAAUACGAUAAGCUAAAGAUUAUUCAUCAAGCACAUAAAUCAAAGUCAAAUGAACUUGUGUUGAGUUUAGAAGAUGAUGACAGACUCUUGCUAAAAGAAGACAGGACCCUGAAAGCAGCUGGAGUUGGAAUCAGCUCAGAAUUGCUGGAAUUAAUGGCCCACAAGAAUGCCCUCCUCUUCUCUCUGCCACUGUCCAGGGGCCUCCCCAUUUCUCAUCCUGACGGCGCAGACACCUUCUCAUCUGAUGCCCUUACCUGCAGACUCUCAUCCGUCCAGCUCAUGCUUCACACUUGCUGCCAGAGUGAACUUUUGAAAAUGCAAGUCUCAUGGUAUUUCUCCUUGCUUAAAACCAUCUGAUGAGUCUCUAUUUCCUUGGGAAUAAAGUGCACAUGAUUUAUUCCAAGUUGGUUUGAUUUCUAGCCACACCUCCAG